UUGCGCAAUGUGUAAUAAUUUUAUUUGACGUAAACAAUUCACAUACACUUUAUGGAAACACUGUUUGACGGAAGUCUUUCUAGUUUUGACAGCUUUCAAAGCCUAAGGCUAAACCAUGGCACCAAGGAAAAACAAAGUUGCGAAAGAGGAGGUGCAAGUGACUCUUGGCCCUCAACAUUUGGUUGGAGAAACUGUUUUUGGAGUAGCUCACAUUUUCGCUUCUUUCAAUGACACUUUCGUCCAUGUUACCGACUUGUCUGGCAGGGAAACCAUCGCCAGAGUAACAGGAGGCAUGAAGGUUAAGGCUGAUCGUGAUGAAGCUUCUCCUUAUGCCGCUAUGUUAGCCGCUCAGGAUGUCGCUGAGAAGUGCAAGACACUUGGUAUCACAGCCCUGCACAUCAAACUCCGAGCAACUGGUGGUAACAAAACUAAGACCCCAGGACCUGGUGCCCAGUCAGCACUCCGUGCCCUGGCUCGUUCUAACAUGAAGAUUGGCCGCAUUGAGGAUGUCACACCUGUACCGUCAGACUCAACACGCAGGAAGGGUGGUAGACGUGGACGCAGGCUGUAAUUUUUUAGUUUAAGCAACUGUGGACUGAAAUAUAAAAGGUUUACGGUC